UGUUGUUAAAAUGUUACUACAGUAAUCAAUCGCUGCAACACUAGUUCCUCACGUGAUCCUCCACAGAGACGUUAUAUGGUGUCUUGUUGUAUACUUUGUUUUACUGUACUACUCAUAGAAAUCAUUAUAGAAUAGGUCAGACGAACGCGAGGAAUUCGGGAAUGGUGCUCCUCCGGUUUCCAUGGAGAAGUUCCAUGUGAGAAGAGUGGAUCGGAGUGCACACCUUAAAAGUAUCUGAUUAAGUUCUCGUUUUUUCAAUUAAUCACGCCGGUGUAACCGUUUUAGAAAGUGUAGGCCUAUGCAUCCUUCGAAAUAAAGCAGUUGACAAUGUAUCAACUAUCAAUAGUUUGAUGGUGUAUCGAGUUAGCCCAAGCAUCCGCAGAGAAUGAACCACAGCAGAAACGUUGAUGCGGCGGUAUGGAGCCAUGAUGCUCUGAUGUCUACCAACGUGAGCCUUACAAAUGACAGCAAGCGAAAGAAAAAGAAGAGAAAGGACAAAACAAAAGAUAAAAAGAAGAGUGUGUCGACGAGAAGAGGACCGAGCUCGCCUUCAAACUCCGAUGAUGCAGCAGCAGAUAAACUCACCAACACUGAGCAGCAACAGGUCGUCAAAGGCUCCUCCACACGGUCCAAACCCACCCUGAAGGGCUCCAACAGCAAAAAGACCAAGGCCAGAAGUCUGACCAGCCUCCGCAACAAUAAAUCCCAGCGAGAGGCAAUGAAACAUGAGGAAACGUUGACAGGGCCAGACGCUGGUACCCACCAAGCCCCACUGUCAUGGGACCAGGCUGGCCAGAACAACCCAGCCAAGGAGAGCCUGAGGUGGGAUGGAGUUCUGGAGGAUCCGGUGGCCGAGGCAGAGAGGAUAGAGGUGUACAAGGCCAACCGGAGGAAACGGUACCUGGCCUCACAGCAGGGGGUGAUGGACUACUUGGGCUUGUUCAAGGGACACUUGGAGAGCAGUGGUGCAAUUACACACAAUAUCUAGGUGGGGCUGUUUUCACAUGAAUAAAUCUAUAGGUUUUAUGUGCAGUUAUACAGUAUGUGCAGCACCUUCUCUAUCCUGCAGAUGGCAUAGCGGUCUCAAUCUGAGAUGGUGGAACGUUGUAAUUGCAUCUUUACUCAACUAGUGGCAAUUUAAAAAAGGCAUAUCCCUAAUUGAUAACCAAAAGAUAACAUCCUGAUAAGACUAUUUUGAAUAUGCUUAUGGCAUUGGAGUACAUAUCAAAUAAUUGUAGCACUUCUCAAAUCUGAUAUAAAAGAGUUGGUCUUUAUUUCAUUUAAACACUAAAAACAGAGCUUUAAAAGCAAUAUCAUAUCUCAAGGCAAUUCAGGCCCUCUAGAUGUGUAUCCUUGUAGGACCUUGAGGGAAGUUACCUGUGUUUGGUAGCUUAAUAGUAAUCUAUUAGGCUACCAAAAGGAGUUUAUUAGCAUCAAAUAAAUGCAUAACUAAAUGAAACCUCGAAGCAAGAAGAGGAUAAGCAAAGAUAAUGAACAGUCCCUAAGGUGUUAGUAAGAACAAGACUUCACUAUUAGGAAAAUUCUAAAACUUUAUAACUGAAAACAAUAAUGACACAUUGGAUAAUCUCUUGCUACUCAUUACCAACUAAUACAAAAUUCUUCAAUUCGCAAUGAUCUGUGGAAAAGAAAAUGUCCCAACUUUAAAACACAGAACUUGCUGUAAUUUGCAACUCUUUUACACAAUAUGAAAAAAGUUGUGGCUUUCUGCUCCAUGACCAUACUUACAGUAGACAAUGUUGGUUUAGGCAAGACUAAGAUGGGGUUUGGUGUUACACCAGGAUCAUACAUCUCUAUACAUGGCUCGGUGUUACACUAUCCAGGAAAAUAUAUUCUGCUAAGUAACAUUGUGCAACAAAUAGACCAUAAUACCAUGAUUUGACAAGACAUUUUGAAGCCCAGUCAUAGACAGUCAUUUGACAACUCCCCAUGUCUACGCUUAUAAAGAAAAUCACAUGGAAACUCCACUAUUGCCUUUAAUCUUAUAAUGUUGGAUCAUUGUUCAUUGAGCUCCACUGCAAUGGUUAGGCCUAAACACAGAAUGUUGACAGUGAUGGUCUAGACUACAAAUCUGGUUUAUAAGUUCCUCCAUGGUGAUAGUAUACAGUACACCAUCACCUGUCUCAGUCCACAGUUCAACACUUGGUUAAAAGGAAUCCAACUUUGACAUACCAGAGAACUCUUUACUAGCUACUAAUGGAUCAACACUUUGGUAGAUGGCAGCCUCACUCAAAUGUCCCUGCUAUUUGUUUGAUACUCCAGAUCUAGAGAUAUGGCUUCCAUCUUCUGCCCUCCUCUUAAGACUGGUACUCAAAUGUGGGCUACGAUGCUUUCCAAUCUAAACUAAUAGACCGUAACCUGGGUCCAUGUGUGGCGUCGUCCUGGUGGAUGGUUGGGCCCCACAGGGCCCAGGGAUCUCUCCCUCAGGCCGUGCCCAGCCUUCCCCUAACCUCAAUGGGGUAGCCUACUCCGGUCAGCAGCCUCCAGCUCCACGCUCGACAAGAAUCUCCUGGCUAGCCGGCGGCUGUCGUAGCUCAGCUCCGUGGUGUAGAUGGUGCGAGCGUGCUUGGGGUAGACGAUGGUGGUGCUCUGGAAAUGCUGGGCCCGCUGGCGAGGCUGGAGGUCGAGCUGGGUCUUGUAGUGUCUCCAGGUGCUGUGAGGGACAGCCAGGACCGUCUGGCUGCAGUUCUCCAGACCCAGGCCUCUGGGCUGCAUGGCCACGUCGUGGAUAAAGUGACGCUCUGAAUCAUAGUGGACAGAUGAUGUGUAUCUAGGAAUGACAACGUUUGGGCAAGUGUCAUUUCACUGCAUGUUCAGCUAGAUAUCGUUUUAGAACUGGAAUGUGGCAAGGUUUCAAGCACUGCAAACCUACAAGAAAUAGACCCUUGGCUACAGGAGGCCUACACACAGGCUGACAGAAGUAAAAAAUAAAUAAAUAAAUUCAACAUUU